AUGUUCUACAGUCACGAGAUUCUCACUAAUCACCAGUAUGGUGUGGCAACCGUCUGGUUGGUGUCAACCAUCGGCCUGCGCUCUAGCACAAGAAAGAUCACUCGGAAGGCCAUUCAGGAAGUCAAUGUGAAGAAGGCAUGCGAAACCAUCCUUCAGCCAGAUGCCCCCAUGGCCCUGCGGCUCCAGGGCAGACUACUUUAUGGGCUAUCUCGGGUCUAUUCUCAACAAUGCCAUUAUGUCCUGACCGAUGCAGAAAAGGUUCAGGCCCACAUGAUGGCAUUCUGGACCUCAUUGAGGAACUGUGAUGAUUCCCUUGACCCGGAAGCAGGCAAAUCCAAGCGUAAGGAACUCAUCCUUGAAGAUGAUCCGAACUUUGACCUAAACAUCAACCUUCCCGCACUCGAUUUUGACGAGGAUGGGAAUCCUGUUGCGCUACAAUUAAGUCAAACCUCAAGAAAGACCUCUUCACAACUCUCUCCUCUCCAGUCAAACGACUCGAUCCGGAGUUUUCACCGCUCUCCGAUCAGUGGUUUCAACCUUUCGCAGUCUAUCUCACCCGGAUUAAGCGGUAAUUCUCUUCUGCCAGACCCUUUAGAUCAAGACUCUAUGACUCCGAAUAAAAGUAACGACGGUCUGCUACCAUUUGACGGCGAGGAACGCCACUUGCAUGCAGUUGAAGAUGUUGGCAUCAUUAUUGAUGCAGAUGGUAAUGCGAUGGAGAUGGAACCUCCAGAAGUACUUCAUCAGUCAAGCCUGGAAGCGCAGGAAGAAGGCGUUUUCUUGAAUCAGCCAGAGGAAAACCUCCUCUUCGAUCAGCAAGGCGAUGCUCUCAUAGGUAGAAGUGAUGUGCUUGUGAUGCACUCACAUCCAGUGCGAUUAGAGCGGCCUGUGGAGCAAGAGAGGCAGGAGCCCGAGCAGGUCAGACAGGAAGUGGCGGUGGAAGGGGUCAAUUCAAGUCAGCCUCCUGUGCGCAGUCAACGCCGACGGCGCCGUCCGAUGUUGACUCCGGACGAUCAAACUAAGAUUACUCGACAAGAGCUCAAGUCAUGGAGCGCCGACUACCUCACCAACGCUGAACGCGCGAUUCGUCCACGCAAUGCUGUUACUCCUGCCGAGGCCCGCAGGAACGCCUUUAACCUGAUCUUCGGUCGCGGCAUUGGUGGCGUCGGUUUUCCUACAGGAGUGCCAGGUCUUAUCCACCCGUUAGCGGACCAAUUUGCAGGUCUGGGUCUGCAAGUAUCUCUUCUUGGGGUCGCUAUCAUACCUAACAAUGCAGUCCGCGGCCGUCGUCGCACAGCCCUUGAGGCCCUUGAGCUCGAGGAAGAUGAACAUGGACGUCGUGUUCGUCCCCGUCUCAGUGCUGAGAGCAACAGUGAUGCAGAUCAGGCCGCACAGCAACUCCCGCGACACGAUGAAGAUGCCGCUGGCCUGCUCGUGAAUGAUGAUGAAUUCCCUCCGAUUGAACUCGGCAGACGUGCGGGCUCAGUUUUGGGCAGCGACAAUAACCCACCUUCCGACCUCCCCUGGAACCGCCCUUCGUCUCAAGUCCCCAGCUCAUCCAUCAAGGCAGGCAGCAGGGCUGGCAGUCGUCAGGUUAGCGCUAGCCCUUUGCAUCACCGCGGCGCCAUGGUCGUCCCGGGCCCAGAUAUAGAGCGUUACAGCGAUCAGGCUGUCUUCGGCACUGGCGACUUCGCCCCGGUUCUUCAUUCCGGAGCUCCCGGCAUCUCUUCUUCUCCACCGCGCCUUGCCUUCGAGCAGGACUUCUUCCAUCAUUACCAUGAACAUGGCGAAGUAAGCGGCGCAGCCUCACAGGUGCUCUAUUCCGCUCUCGACAGCGACGGACGCAAGUUCCUUGAGUAUCUUGUCUCCCUUGCCCGUGAGUGGGGUGUUCGCGUCGCCGGUGAUGAGCUUGUUAUUGGAGCUGGCAGGAAGCACAGAUGUAAAUGGAUCACGUUCGAUGAGCUUUUCCCUGACGAGGCUAGCCGAACCUGUACUGCCGCAGCCCAGGCCUUCCACCACGUGCUCACACUAGCGACCAAGAACCUCAUUUGUGUUGCCCAGGAAGGCCAAGGAGGACAAGUGCCGUUCGGGACGAUCCGAAUCGGCGUAGAGGUCCCUCUUGAUGUGCAUCCCGCAGGUGCCCACGAUGGGCAUGCGUAG